AACCAACAACAAAAGAGCCAAUGGGCUGACAAGUCUUACAAGAAACAUGCCCUUGGAACCACUUACCAAUCAUCUCCUACUGGUGGAUCAUCUCAUGCUAAAGGUAUUGUGCUUGAAAAGGUUGGUGUUGAAGCCAAACAACCCAACUCCGCUAUCCAAAAGUGUGUUCGAGUGCAAUUGAUCAAGAACCGAAAGAAGGUCACCGCUUUUGAACCUAACAAUGGUUGUCUCAACUUUUUGGAUGACAAUGACAAGGUGUUGAUUGCUGGUUUCGGACAAAAGGGAAAUGCCAAGGGUGAUAUUCCUGGUGUGUGUAUCAAGUGUGUCAAGGUCUCUGGUGUUGGUUUGUUGGCACUUUGGCUCAAAAAGAAGGUUCGUUCUCCAUCCUUUGGUCUUCUUGAACCUUUCCUCUCAUUGACUGGUUGA